AUGAACCCAAGUGUCAUUCUGGCUUCUCUUCAUUUGUUUAUCACCAGUGGUUUUAUUCCAGUCUGUUUGUGUGCCCAAGGGAGAUAUGCAUUCAAGCUGCUGAAUGAUUUAUUUGUGAAUUACACCAAUGCAUUGAGGCCUGUGGAGAACACGGACAAUAUCAUUAACGUCACCUUACAGAUCACUCUCUCCCAGAUCAUCGACAUGGAUGAAAGAAACCAGAUCCUCACAACAUACUUGUGGAUUCGUCAGGUGUGGUUUGAUGCCUACCUCACCUGGAAUAAGACAGACUACGAUGGGAUUGAUACCAUCCGUAUACCUAGUAGUUAUGUAUGGAGACCCGAUAUUGUCCUAUAUAACAAUGCAGAUGACCAUUUCUCCAGCUCUAUGGAGACCAAUGUGGUGAUCCGCCAUGAUGGCCAGAUUAUGUGGGACAAGCCGGCAAUAACCAAGAGCUCCUGCAAAGUAGAUGUGUCUUACUUCCCUUUUGAUGCACAGCAGUGCCGCCUCACCUUUGGCUCUUGGACCCACAAUGGCAACCAAAUGGAUCUUCAUAAUGCUCUGGACAGUGCUGAUCUGGCUGACUUUGUGGAGAACGUAGAGUGGGAGGUUCAGGGAAUGCCUGCAAAGAAGAACAUUAUUCUCUAUGGAUGCUGCUCGGACCCCUAUCCAGAUAUCACUUACACACUUCACCUGAAGAGAAGAGCUUCCUUUUACAUAUUUAAUCUGCUCAUUCCCUGUAUGAUGAUCUCCUUCUUGGCUCCGCUAGGCUUCUACCUUCCAGCCGACUCUGGAGAGAAAGUAUCUUUAGGGGUCACAGUGUUGCUAGCCCUUACUGUCUUCCAGCUUCUGGUUGCUGAGAGCAUGCCUCCUUCAGAGAAUGUGCCACUCAUUGGGAAAUAUUACAUCGCUACAAUGACCAUGAUUACAGCUUCUACAGCCCUGACCAUCUUCAUUAUGAACAUCCACCACUGUGGACCAGAGGCUCAACCUGUUCCUGCAUGGGCACGUCGCUUUAUCCUGCAGUACUUGGCUCGAAUUUGCUUUGUCUAUGACAUGGGUGAGAGCUGCCUGUCUGUGCACACAGACAAACCUGCGCAGAAGGGAAGCAACUACACUUUAAAUGGCCAGGCUGAGGGCGAAGACUUCACUCUGAGGGUACGAGGCGUUUCAGCUGGUGAAGGGUGUUCACAGAAGAUAAAAGAUCAAUUAAAUGAAGAUGUCAGUCCAACCUUAUCACCAUGGCAAGGAAAAGAGAGCCAUUCUGGCUGGAUAGAUGGUACCUGUGUGGAUAUUGACCAUGGAGAGGUUGCAGGAGCUACAGCAGAGACAGUGAGUGAGAGCGGAGCAACUGGGAAAGAAUCAGCAAAGAAGAGGGAGAUACUUGUUGAAAGUCAGUGUUUAUUCCAUCAGCAAAACAUCCUGAGAAAUAUUGAGUACAUCACUAACUUUUAUCAAGAACAGAAGGCCACACAGAGACGAAAUGGGGAGUGGCGGAAAGUUGCCAAAGUCAUGGAUCGCUUUUUUAUGUGGAUAUUCUUCAUCAUGGUCUUCUUCAUGAGUUUGCUUAUUAUAGGGAAAGCUGUCUGA